AUGGCGAAUAUGGCGACCUUGGAGGCGAAUUCCCGCAGCGCUUGGCGCCAGGCGAAGUAUCGUGUAGUCUGUAACACGCGAAAUGGGGUUACCAUUCGGGUAACCACCGGCUCUGCGACAAGCAGCAGGAGCAGCAGUACCAGCAGCAGGAAGGGGAAUGCUGACAAGGCAGAGAAGAGGGAGACGGGGGAGGCGGCGGAAGGAGAGCAGGAGCUUGGCGGGGAAAAUCGGCCGCUUAGGCUGGUGGUGAUUGGGGGAGGGGCGGCGGGCGUGUUUGGCGCGAUUCGAGCCAAGGAGAUGGCGCCUGGUUUGGAGGUCAGAGUGGUGGAGAAGAGUCAGCCUCUGGGGAAGCACCUCUCCUCCCACUACCCAAGGGGUCAUCGGGAGCUCAAAGGCUCCUUCUUCCGCACGCACGGUCCAGCAGACACGGUUGAGUGGUUCACCCAACGGGGGGUGCCCCUCAAG